AUAACCUGAUGAUGAUAAAAAAAAAACUAAACUAAACACAACAUACAACAAAGACAGAAAAGUGCAGGUAUAAAAACAGCAGCACAUUAAGGAUAAUGAGAACCAGGUAAACACGUGGGGAAUCACAUGACAUGAGCACAAGACAUUAAACUAACUGUAGCAUGUUCCGGUAGUUCCUGACCAAUAUCUUUUAUUAUUAUUAUUAUUAUUAUUAUUAUUAUUAUUAUUAUUUUAACAUCACACAGCCUCAUCUUACAUCCAUCAAAUAGUAUUUAAAUUUUCUUAUAAUUGAUGCCCAAGUCUGAGGAAUUUCACCGAUUACAAAUACUUACAGUAUUUUUCUAGAUCCUUAUCUUUUUAAUAGACAGCAAAAUCUUCUAGAUCGUACUCUAAUAUCUAGACCAAUGGUGUCAAGACUUAUCCACAAAGGGCUGGUGUGGGUUGUGUGUACAUGUUUUCAUUCCAACUGAACAGAAGCCACACCUGAGUCUAUUGAAAACCAAGGUCAAGUGAUUAUACAGGUGGCAUCAGGUGUGGAUCCUGCUUCAUUGGUAUGAAAAGAUGCACACUGGACCUUUGCAGAUGAGAUUAGACACCCUUGGUCUAGACCAUAGCCACAGGCUCCUCACAAGCUUUCAGGCUCUUGUCAGUUGAUAUUUAGAUGAACAUUUAAUGUGCACACAUUGAUGCAUUACACAUACUAAAGAGACACACAUUAUAUAAUUAUAUGAGACAAGUGCUGACAUUAGUGCACUAAACACUUAUUUAUUGCAUUAUAUAUUAGCCUAUUCUACCUUUAAUAUAAUGAAGCUACAGUUUAAGACAUUGUAUAGCUUAGUUAUGCAGGAAUUGUCAGAAGGGGAAAAUGAAAUACAGACUACUGAAUACAGACUACUGAAUGCAACGAGGAUUAAAGAUGAACCUGUUAAGUGUGGUGCUUUUGUAGCAGAAGCGGUAUGUUUAUGCAACAUCAAACUGUGCCAUGUUGCCAUGGCGCCCUAGGUAUUAAGUUGCAUGUGCGUCCCUUAGUCACCUGGAGACCGCAUGCACUUUACACUUGUUUUAGUGUCUAAAACACAGUGCAGAAAACUGCGCGUGAGAGUUCUAGAAAAUUCAGACAUGGCCACACUGAGCAUUAAGCCAGGCCUGCGCUGUGCUGUGUCUGACUGGAUGAACAGUAAUAAUGAGCUCUCGGUCACUGCUGAGCAAACGAGACACCUAUCACAUGAGAUCCGUCUGCAGGGCAGGACUCUGUGCAGCGAAACCGCCAAUAAGACAAAGUGGGGUGAAUAUGACAGCACUCGUCGACUGAGUGACAGAAUAAAUGACAUCACACUUUGGAAGAAGAGCCUGGAAGCCUGUGCGGAGGAACUGGAUACUGAAAUGGACACUCUCACGCUAACGAAGGAAGCAGCAGAGCGUGCUCUUGCAGCCACGGUGCUGCCCCUAGAGGUCACAAGCGAGUGUUUGACCUUGAGGGAGGGUCGAAAAGGGAACGAGCUGGUUAGUGACCCAGUGGAAGCAGAGCUAAAGAAGGAGGUGGAGGUGAUUCAUAAGGCACAACAGGUCCUGCAGCAAAGCAUUGACCAAGCCUUUAAACAACUUUGUUUGCUACAGGAAGCCUGUCAUCAACUGACUCUUGACCUUCAGCACAAGAUGGAAGCUUUGGAUGUAGACAUGUCCUGCCUGUCGCUGUCUCUGACAUCCUCAAAGAUCUCACUGAAGCCCAAUUCCACCAGAAUUCCUCCUGGUUCUACAACCCCUCAGCAGUGGGUGCAGUUCAGCCACCACAAUAUAACCCAAGCCAAGGAGGAAAUGCUGGCUUCUCUGCACCUGAGAGAGAAUAUCAAAAUCACUGUAGCACAGGUGCAAAAUGAAUUAGAGUCUCAGCGCAUAGCCACUCAAUUCACCUCCCGGAAGCGAGCUCACCAGCUCGAGCAGGCUCGCCAGGAGCUUCAGUGGCAGAUCAAAUCUACUCGGGAUGAGAUCAAUGAGCUGAAGGAAGACAUUCUUAGACUGGACAGGGAUGUGCAAUUAAAGAUGGCUCCACUGAAACUGGUGCACACUCGCUUAGAGUACAGGACCAGGAGGCCCGGGAUGGACCUGUGCAGAGACGAGGUACAGUACGGGCUACUGGAGGAGAACAAACAACUUACUUCUUCUAUUAUGGCUCUGAAACAGAAGCUGGCACAGGCUCAGGACUCGUUGCAGGCUCUGCAGCUGCACGAAGCUCAGAUGCUUGGGGAUCUCGAGCAUAAACAGGAAGCACUGAGUCUUGAGCAACGGAGCAUGCAAACACGCCAGCGACUAAACUCAGUUACAAACCAACCUGAACCCCCCGCCGUGUCGCCUCUCACCAACUCCAGUGGUGUCCACAAACUCUAUCUGAAACACGCAGACUCAGCCUGAGACCUCAUCAGAUAUCUGAGCUAACUUCUUGUCUUUUGGGUUUGUUUUAUUGUUGUAGUUUAUGUGAUAGAAUAUUUCUGUUUGAAAUGUUAUGUGGAAGAAUUAAGACAUCACAUGUUCUAGGAGAAAGAAAUGACUUUUCUGUUACACAUAUUUGAUU